ACUCUCACUCUCAAACGUUCAUUGCCACCAGAAACACUCACUGAGUCUCUGUUUUUGCUCGUUCGAGAGAGGAGAGAGAGAGGAGAGAGAGGAGAUGGCGGCAACCACCGGUGCAGUGCUCAACGGGUUGAACUCGGCAGCCUUCUUAUGCGGAGGCAAAAGAAGUCAGGCCUUGCUCUCCGCUGCCACUGUUGGAAGCAGGGUUGGAGGUCCUGCUCCUAAGAGGUUCAUUGCGGUUGCUGCUGCCGCAAAGAAGUCUUGGAUCCCGGGGGUUAAAGCCGGCGGCAACUUCAUCAAUCCCGAGUGGCUCGAUGGCUCGCUUCCAGGGGACUACGGCUUUGACCCACUAGGACUCGGCAAGGACCCGGCGUUCCUCAAGUGGUACAGAGAGGCGGAGCUCAUCCACGGCCGGUGGGCAAUGACCGCGGUCGUCGGCAUCCUUGUUGGCCAGGCCUGGAGCGGUGUCCCAUGGUUCGAAGCCGGAGCUGACCCCAGCGCCAUAGCACCCUUCUCCUUCGGCUCACUGCUCGGCACUCAGCUCUUGCUCAUGGGGUGGGUGGAAAGCAAAAGAUGGGUGGACUUCUACAACCCCGAGUCCCAGUCCGUCGAGUGGGCGACACCCUGGUCCAAGACUGCGGAGAACUUUGCCAACGCCACCGGAGAGCAAGGCUACCCGGGAGGCAAGUUCUUCGACCCCUUGGGGCUUGCCGGCUCCAUCAAGGACGGGGUUUACGUUCCAGAUAGCGAAAAGUUGGAGAGACUGAAACUGGCUGAGAUUAAGCAUGCAAGGAUUGCUAUGUUGGCUAUGCUUAUAUUCUACUUUGAAGCUGGACAAGGAAAGACACCCCUUGGUGCUCUUGGCUUGUAAACCAUUUGGCAUUUACUUUUUAAUAUGUAGAUAUAAGUAAUUACCCAA